AUGAAUAUAAAGCAUGAAUCAGUGAUAAAACUGGCAUUGAACGGAUUUGUUAUCAUUUUAACUUGCGAAGGUGAGGUAUUUUUUGCCACUCACACGAUAGAGAGCUACUUAGGAUUUCACCAGUCUGACAUCGUUCAUCAAUCUGUAUAUGAGCUUGUUCAUUCUGAAGAUCGUGAAGAACUACAACGGCAACUGCUAUGGAAUACGUUUUUACCUGCAGAUUUAUCAGGAAUCCAAUUAACUGAAGCAUUAGUCCCUGAGAAGUCAACUUUAUUGGAACGAAGUUUCACUGUUCGGUUCAGGUGUUUACUAGAUAAUACAUCUGGAUUUUUGCGGUUAGAUAUACGAGGUAGAGUUAAAAUAUUACAUGGACAAAACCGUAAAGCAGAGGAUCUGCCGCUUGCUUUAUUUGCUUAUUGCACACCCUUUGGACCACCCAGCUUACUAGAGAUCCCGCAAAAAGAAAAUAUGUUUAAGUCAAAACACAAACUGGAUUUUUCUUUGGUGUCGAUGGAUCAAAAAGGAAAACUAACACUGGGUUAUUCGGACUCUGAGCUCGCUAAUAUGGGUGGCUACGAUCUGGUACAUUUCGAUGAUCUGGCUUACGUAGCAAGUGCUCAUCAGGAACUGUUGAAAACAGGUGCAUCUGGAAUGAUAGCAUAUAGAUACCAAAAAAAGGGUGGAGAAUGGCAAUGGCUACAAACAAGUUCCAGAUUAGUUUAUAAAAAUUCAAAGCCUGACUUUGUAAUAUGCACACAUAGACAGUUAAUGGAAGAAGAAGGGCGUGACUUACUGGGAAAAAGAACUAUGGACUUCAAGGUUAGCUAUUUAGACACCGGAUUAACAUCGACCUACUUUACUGAUGCAGAUCAAUUGAUUGCAACCCCGAGUGGAUCCCCAAGCACAUUACCAAUUUCUUCUCAGCAACGCUAUAGUCGACGCUAUAAAACUCAACUACGCGAUUUUUUGUCAACAUGUCGCUCGAAAAGAAAACUAGCACAACAGUCUUCUGGAGGCCAGGCCACAUCUCCUGUUCAUAUGGUGGAUUACAUCAAUGAUCCCGCAGCGGCUGUUGCUGCCGCUUAUUCCAACCUAAAUCCAAUGUAUCCCACGUCGGCUUAUGUAUCAACAGAUAACAUGUAUAUGACCCCUCCAGCUCAUUCAUCGAAUUUCUACUCUGUGUCAGAUAAUUUAUUUCACCAAUACAGUAGACUGCAAGGUGUCAGCGGAUAUUAUUCGGAAUACUCAACUGCAUCGACGCCUUAUAUUACAUCGAACGGUUUUGUUCCUUACGAAAGUUAUAAUGUCAAUAAGGAAGAACGGUGGAUAAAUAAUGGGAAAUGUACACCAAGCAACAUUGAUACCGAAAGGGACAUCCGUGUUGACUAUGAUAGAAACGAAAUCAACAAAAGUACUAAAAGAUCACCUCCGUUGUCGAAUACUCCUGAAUCGAAGCAAACGCCGUCUCCAAUAAGAGCAUCUCCAAACACCGCAGAUCUAUUAAGUCCAAUGAAGCAUAAAAACCUUUCGAUAAAUGGUUCUACUGCAGAGAAUAACACGAAAAACCUUAUUGCUGGGAGGAAUAGAAACAACAAUGACCAACAACCCCCGGCUUUGAAAGAAGAAUCUUCUACCGCACAGCAUUUUGAACCAAGAAGACAAACAGUUUUGAUGUGGGGCUCUUGGCAGAAAGAUCAACGUAUGAGUCCACCCACCGGGAAUGAAGAACAGCUGAAUUAAUAUCAAAGCAAUCAACUAAUUAAAAUUGUGUUUGUUUCCAAAAUAAUGAAUUACAAACAUGUCAGUCAAUAUAUAUGUAUAUUAAAAAUUCAAACAAAUCUGUAUUUAA